UGCCAGGUUUCUUCCGGUGUUGAAGCAGAGUGGCUUGGCUGAAAGGUGUGCUGGUGGCGGGGUAGAGGUAAAUGUAUGCUGUGAAAUGUUCGAUCCUUUGGACAACCUUGUUCUUAUUAUUACAACAGUCAUAGCAGGAGCUGUCCUCAUCAUUUACUUCUUCAUCUGCGGAGGCCACAGCAGGAAAGCAGAGGAGCGAAGGAGCGCAAGCUCCGCCGAGUGCCUCCCCGUGUCACCGGGAGAACAACGUUCGGACCAAGAGCAGCACUCCCCAAGGCCGGUCCUUGGUGGCGACGAACAGGGCCACGUUGACAACAGCAUAUCUGAUUCUCCGACACUUGCUAAGCUACAGGUGGCCCCGAAGCAAGAUGCAGCCCAGCCCCCAACCUCGGGCAAGGACAAGCCGCCCAUAUUGUGCCACAAAUGCUCGGAGCCCUGCAAGGGAGAGGCACUGCGUGUGCAGGAUCGCCACUUUCACAUCAAAUGCUUCAUUUGCAAAGUGUGCGGGUGCGACUUGGCCCAGAAUGGCUUCUUCAUGAAGAGCGGCGAGUACCUCUGCACACAUGACUACCAGCAGCAGCACGGCACCCGCUGCACAGGCUGUGGGGACUUUGUGGAGGGGGAGGUGGUGACGGCCCUCGGCAAGACCUACCACCCGCAGUGCUUCGUGUGUGCCGUGUGCAGGUGCCCUUUCCCAGCCGGGGAUCGCGUGACCUUCAACGGGAAGGACUGCCUCUGCCAGCGCUGCAUCCAGCCUGUUGCAACCAAUGCCAAGGACAUCGGUGCUUCCACCAGUAAAAUUCAAAACAUACCGAACUGCACUGGCUGUGGCAGUGACAUCAUGAAUGGGCAAGCCCUGCUGGCACUUGAUAAACAGUGGCAUCUUGGCUGCUUCAAAUGCAAGACCUGCGGCAAGGUGCUCACGGGCGAGUACAUCAGCAAGGAUGGCGUGCCAUAUUGUGAGCAGGACUACCAGAGCCAGUUUGGGAUAAAGUGCGAGGAGUGCGGGAAGUUCAUCACUGGCAAAGUGCUCGAGGCAGGGGAGAAACACUACCACCCGAGCUGCGCACGAUGCGUCAGGUGCAAGCAGAUGUUCUCCGAGGGGGAAGAGAUGUUCAUGCAAGGCUCUUCCAUCUGGCACCCGGAGUGUAAGCGGGCAGAAAGGGCGGAGGAGAAACUAAAGCCUACCCGGUCUUCAUCGGAGAGCAUCUCCUCGCGACCAGGCUCCAGCCUCGGCUCUCCUGGGCACACCAUAUAUGCCAAAGUGGACAAUGAGAUUCUGGAUUACAGGAACCUGGCCGCCAUCCCCAAAGUCAAAGCCAUUUAUGAGAUCGAGCGCCCGGACAUGAUUACGUACGAGCCGUACUUUAGCUACGGCCUGGACGAGCGCCAGGAACGCUACAGCCUUAGCGAACGGCAGAGCGUUGGGGAGCUCUCCCCACGGACCAUCUCUCCGACCCCGUCUUAUGAGAGCUACCAGGAUGGGAGGGAGCGCGGCGAGCGCCGCCUGAGCCAGAGCUCUGGCAACGCCUCCCACUUUGCCCGCCACAACUACGUGCCGCCCACCGCACGCUCCCCGCAGCACUUCCACCGCCCAGAGUCGCUGUCAUCCGGUGUGCCUCGCUCACAGUCACGUACUGUUAGUAGCAACACUGACUCCACCACCACCAUCAAUAGCCGCCCCGUUUCCCCCAACAAACACAACUAUGUGCCCAAUAUCAAAGGGCCAGACUCAAUGAGUGGGCGGAAUUCACCAUUCCCCUUCUGGUCCGACAGCCGGCCCCAAACUCCGACACUGUCUCAGGCUCCCAAACACUUUCACGUUCCAGAUGCUUCACUUAAUAUCUACAAAAAGCCUCCAAUCUACAAACAACACGAUCCAGCUGCGAUGGCUGCAAAGCGUAAGACAAGCGAGGAAAUUAUACAGUCGGCCAAGUUCCCGGCAGCGCAGGCCCCCGAUCCUGAGGUCCCUGCCAAAAUUGAGAGCGAGCACUGGCCGUGUCCACCAUCCACCGCCUCCCUUGGUUCAGAAUGGAGAAAGAAAUCCCCUUCCUUGCCCAGCAUGGACGAUGAAGAGAAACAGAAGCGAAAGCAGCUACAAGGGCAGGAGCUGGGCAAGGUGCAGUCAGGCUUAGGCAAGCUGAUUCUGAAGGAAGAUAAGGAGGGCCAGGGAGCUGAUAUACAGGACGGCUUGUUGGUAUCGCGCAGUCCCACUGCCGGCAGCAGGCUGUCACCUCUCGGCAAGCGCCACGACACCUCCCUCAAUGCCUCACCCACACGGACAGUGCAGCCUUCUGGGGAAGCUGACCCCUCCAAGACCGCAUCCCUUCCGGGCUACGGCACAAACGGAAUUCAGAGGCAUCAGUCAAUGGACUUCACUCAGUAUGGAUCCAACAACUUUAGUGACAGCUGGGGAACCAGAGAAUAUAAGGUGUAUCCAUAUGAGGCACUCCUCGUGACCAACAGAGUGCGCUCCAAGCUACCCAGAGAUGUGGAUCGUGCCCGCCUAGAGCGCCACCUGUCCCCAGAAGAGUUUGACAACAUCUUUGGGAUGACCAUCCAGGAGUUUGAUCGCCUGGCCCUCUGGAAGAAGAAUGACCUCAAGAAAAAGGCCCGUCUGUUCUAACACAGCAGAGUCUUCAAGGAAGCAGAAUCGGUCACAAGUAAUAGCUUUUGGCGCGGUGGUCAUAAAUUUAUUUAAUCACAAGGGAUGACACUCCAUGCUGCACAUUGCUAAAAAAAAAAGCCAAACACUAUCAUGAGACUACAUAUAAAGGAUAAAAUAGUACAAGAUAAUUACAACACACACAUAGGAAGACAUUGGAUUUAGACCAAGUAACUUGUUAUUUGGUAAAAUGAUAAUUGCAUGAAAGACAUAGAGAUAUUUAGGAAUCGUAUGUAGCAACUGCACACAUUUACAGUCGAGGAAGCAAUUUGUGUGAUGUUAAAUACUAUAAUAUGCUUCCACGACUUACAUGAAAAUAUGCAGUUACUGAAGGGAUGUACUCCCAUAUACAUGUUCAAGGAGUACACACAGUGGAUCGGUGCGAGUGCAUUCGGCUGUAAGGAAUAACGUAGAAGGUGUUCAGUGUAUGAUUAUGUUAUACAAAGGUUAAGCAUUCUGUAAUAUUGCCACAACGCUCACUCACAUUGCCAAGGCAUCUCACUGUGAUAGUGCUGCAAUUGAAGCUUUACCAGGACACUUAGCAGUUCAUAGCGGCGACGGCGAAUAUUCACACGACACCUAUAGGUGUAGUAAUGAUGUCCUGUUUGCCUUUAGCUGCUGUCUAGAGAUGGUGUUGUCACCUGCUGUCCGUUAGACUAACGAGCUACAACAGCUAAAUGCUUUGCUGCAGUUUUAAGCAGAUCCAGCUUCUGAUUUAUUUUGUAAGCAUAGAAUAUACUCAACAUGUGAUCUUUAGGGAUGAAAACUUAGCAUACACUUAUACCGAUGAGUGACUAUAUGAUGUGUUAUAUGAAGUUGAUGUUACAUAUAUAAAUUUAAUCAUGUUCUGGCUUUCAUUAAUGUAGCCUGACUUGCCACAAUAAGCAGCCUGUAGUCAGCUUUGAUGUAUUUCACAAAGCUACACUUUAGUAUUUGGACUAAGUGCUUAGUGUAGCAUAUCUUAUUACAUCAUAAAAACACCCACAAUUAACAUACCCUUAUUUAAACGUGUACACCUUAAUAUUAUCAUGUGAAGCAGAAUUUAACCACGACAUUUGACGAGUCUAAAGUUACACUGGAAACUGUACAGAAUACAAUACACAAGCAGUCUGCAAAGAGCCAACUAAAUGUAAGAUUGUCACUUCUAGCUUCAACUUUCUUUAUUCAUGCUCAUCAAAUAAAAUGAAUUUGUGUGGUUGAAAGUAUUGGUAAAGAUUAUUUAUAAUUGUCUCCUUUUAAUUUUAACUCUUGGACUUAUUCUACUGUAGUUACGAGAUUGUGAUAAAUACAUUAUUAUUUCUCCAUUUUACUUUGUUAAUAAUUAUGUUAAUGACAAUCAUAUUUUGACACAGUUGGUCAUGCGUUUAAUAUUGUACCAACUUUUUGGCAACAGAAAUAAUAUAUUUUAAAAAUAAAUGAUAUUGACUUUUCAUUAUGAAACAAUCAAUUUCUAAGGGAAUGUCUAUAUAAAAAUUCAAUAUUUUCCUUUUUAAAAUCUAAAUUUACCAAAAAACACAUUUCCACUGAACAAAUUUUAAUGUAUUUUGUGCUCACUUUUUCAGUAGCUUUUUAGAGUUUUGAAAUGUACAAAUUGUAUUUUAUUAAGCACAAAAUGACGAGAACUUGCUCUGUUUCAUAGUGAAAGUCAAUAGUUACUUAACAUCACCAUACACAACCAUACUUAUUUUAAAACCCGAUGUUUCAUUUGGUAUAUCGUGGAGUGCGAUGUGUCGUAGUGAUAAUGCUUUCUGUGCCUGCUUUGCUGUUAUAGGACAAAAAAAAUGCCUCACAAAUCACCACCAUUAACUUGUUUUCUCUUUUUUAAGACAGUUAUUAGCCAAUGUAUUUUUAACAAAGAUUAACCAUUUGUGACAUUUUAUGAAAUAAGAAUGUAUUACCCCUAAUGAAGUUCUAAUUUCUUAGGAAUACUGUAUGCAUAAUUAUUAUGAUAAUAUAUUAUCUAGAAAUUUAGUUUCUUGCUAAAAACAAGGGCAUUUAAAUGUUUGCCAAAGUAGUUAUGAUGCAUAUCACAUAUUCUUUGCUAAUAUGGCAGAGUAAUAGUGCACAUUUAAAAUGCAUUAAUAAAAACAAAAAAAUGCUUACACAGUACAGUAAUAGUAAAACGACAGGAUGGUAAGAUAGGAAGCGUAUAGUAUUUCUGCUUAAACGUAAAGACCGUGUGCCGUUCAUUUUACUCCCAGUGUUUAGCUUGCAUUGCCUGUGCGCGGAAUUAGCACUAACGUUGAGCCACAGGGACCGUACGUGCAGGUACCUGUAGCAGCGCCGAGGUGCUGCAGUGCUUUACGUGUAUUGGUGUACAGAAGUGGCCAUUUGCUACAGCAGAUUUUGCUUUCAGUAGCCCUCGCUUAGAAUGGCUUUUGCUCCAACGUUUGCCAUGCAGCAAGACUUGUGUGUCAUUGUGGAAACUGGCUUGUCCCCUGUCAGCCUAUCAAAGGUGCAUUCUUCUUCCCUAUGCACGAGCUUAAUUCUCAUCCUAAGAACUGUGUAGUCACCUUUUUGUUUCGAAGUGUGUGCCAUUGCUUGUAGAAUAAACAAUAAAGAUUCUGGACUGCUCAUCUUGUUCAUCUCAAACAGUUUGAUUGUAAAGUAUAUUCAAAACCCCUUUGGCUGUAAUAUCAGCUUGCUUACUUGCUUUGGAUGUGCCUAUUGUUUCAUUCUUUUUUCUGUUGAGUGGCUAGCCAUGUAGUUGUGGAAGUUUUUCUCAUUGUUUCAAAUUCCUGAAGCUCAACACAGCAUGAAACAGUUUGUUGUGGAAAAUUUUCGGAAUUUGGUCAAAUGUAAAUGUUAAUAGAGUCUCAAUAAUCAUUGAUAUUUUCAUUAAUUUUAGAGUUUAUCCCGCACUAAUUGUCGUAAGUGUCCAAUGCGUGUUCUGUGAUAAUGCUCUAUCUCUUGCAUCAAAUUUAAUUGUGCAACCACCUCCCGGCUCACCUGUAAUUUCCAGCAUUUCUUUUAAAUACUUCAAAAGGAGAAUGUUUUUUUGCAUCGCUUCAAAUUGCACGUCUGUGGGCACUGCAGACCUGUUUUCAGAGCUUUUGGUGUAUGUUUUCAUGUUUGGAGCGGCUGGCUUAGAAACACAAUGCCUUGUUGCAAAUAUUGGAUAACAUUAAAACAGUAUUUUUCUUUUUUUUCCAAUACAGUAGUACCUGUACCAGAAAUGUUUGGAAAAAAAUAUCAAUGGGUUAUUUAAGAACAAAAAAUAAAGUACAGCUACUGUUUGA